AAAGGUGACAUUAUAUGUGUAUCAAAAUCUCAGAGCGAAUAGAAUUCGAGCAGAUCAAAAUCUGGCUUGCAUAAGAAUAGCAAAAGGACCCUUUAUUGAUGAUGAAGGCACAUGGGCGGCACUAAGCAGUGCCGUCUUUUGUAGAAGAAGAAGAAGAAGAAGUAGCAAUAUAUAGAUUCGAUUUCAGAGGCUCCUGUUUUCUAAGUUUCUUCUUCUGCAAAGCUUGCCUGCCUUUUUCAUCAUCUGUGUUUUUCUUGGGAGCUGUUUUUGUUUGGAUAAGCUUUUCUAUUUGACUCGGGAAAAGAGAUGGAGAGUGUGAAGAAGCAAGGAAAUUCGUCUUCCUCAUUGACUGCUGAACUUUUUGGGUUCAAGGAGUCACCACCCAAGUCUUCAACUGGGAUUUUUGCUUCGAUUUUCCCACCACCAUCACAGGUGGUAGGGAGAAACUCUUCAAGCUCUGAGCUGACUGAAUAUUGGCAGAAACAGUCCUUGGGAAAUCAAGCAUGGAGCACCAAGCAAGGUAAUCAAGCUAUAAGUAGCGAAGAUGCACGCUAUAGCUUACCCAACAAGGACAGCAGUUCAGUUCUUCAGGGAGAAAGAGCAGAACCAUGUCACCUAAGUUCAUCUCUUUACUAUGGUGGGCAAGAGGUCUAUUCUCAGUCCCCAAGUACCCCUCAUGCCUCUGGAUCCUACCCUAUAUUCAAGGAAAAGGGUGGAGAAGAUGAUCCAAAUGGAAGCAAUGCGAACAGUGCCGCCCGAGGAAAUUGGUGGCAAGGUUCGCUCUAUUAUUAGGACCUUGCCUUACCUGGCCAUGAACUCUUCAUCUAUUUUCAAGGAAUUCAUGAGGCCUUGGUUUUAAGUAUGGUGAAUAUGUACUAGAAAUAAGUUGCUGAUGUCAACAGGAGGUUGCAAAGAGAUGCCUCUUAGUCAAGAAGUGCGAAACUUUUAUGUUGGUAAGGUCAACUGUUUCACAGAGUUUGUUACUACUCUGCACUGGACUAAGUUUCUAUCUGUUGUUUGAAAGAUGUUUAUGCUUUUAAAUUAACGCCUGUAAUGGCCGACGGGCUAAUGAUAUGAACCUCUUGCUCUUCUAUUAUCAGCAAAUAAAGUAGUUGCUUGAAGUGAC